CACAAUUACAUCAUACAAAAAGGGAGUMAAGAUCUUUCCGUUUUUGUGCAGACUGGUUAUUUUUCGGACCUGAAGGCCCUGUUAUAUGUUGCCGGAAUGACCGUAGAGGAACUUGACCAAGACAACUCUGUACAGGAUGGAUGUUUUGCUCGGUUUAAAAGAUAUUUUUGGGAAGGUCAAUCAUUAAACAAGCGGCAUCACACAGCCAAGACAAAAUUACAGCAUGACUCCCCCUGGUACAAGGUUAUMCUUGUUAAGUACAGACGAUUUAUUGGUCUUGCUUUACCAGCUGUCUUCUUUCACUUCUGGUGGUGGGGUGUUUUUAUCAAGCACGAUCUUUGGCAUCUAUUUCAAGAGAAAUACUAUAUGUCAAUAACCAUGAUUUUUGGAUCGAUUAUAGCAGGGAUGACCAGCGAAGGUGGUGCAUCUGUUGCCUAUCCGAUAAUGACAUUGGCCUUUAACAUCAAACCAAGUGUAGCAAGAGAUUUCUCAUUCAUGAUUCAAUCGUGUGGGAUGACAGCAGCAGCGUUUACUAUCAUUUUUAUGCGUGUCCAYACAGAGCAGUUUUCACUGGUGUUCUGUUCCCUUGGUGGAGUCAUUGGUAUGAUUUUCGGCCUGGAGGUCAUAGACCCUCUUCUCACUCCUCCCUUUAAAAAGAUGGGCUUCGUCUGCAUUUGGUUCACAUUCGCCUUUGCGCUGUUCCUUCUGAAUCGUUACAGAGAUCGAAAAACAUACCAAAGAAUCCCUGACUUUAAGGUGUGGAARGCAAUUGUMUUACUUCUGACGGGUUUCAUGGGAGGUAUCUUCUCUGCAUUCUCUGGAAGUGGCUUGGAUAUCUGCAGCUUCAGCGUGUUGACUCUACUGUUCCGCGUAACGGARAAGACUGCCACGCCUACCUCAGUGAUACUCAUGGCCGGCAACACGUUGGUAGGGUUCUUCUGGAGACAAGUCAUGAUUGAUGGAGUCAGCGUUGAUGCAUGGGAGUUCACAGGGGUGUGUAUUCCUGUGGUGGUCAUCGGGGCACCUCUUGGGUCUCUCAUAGGCACGCACUUUCAUCGUUUGGUCUUAGCAGGAUUGUUGUAUCUUACAGAUACUGUUGCCCUCAUCAGCGCCUUCUGCAUCGUUCCACAGACGCCUCCACUGAUUGGCACUUCUUUAGGAAUAAUUGUGCUUGGAUUCAGCUUCUUUUUCUUUCUGACCAAAGCUGGAGAAAGAAUCAUGAUAAAUAYCGAGAGCCGAGGUGCCGCUGUGCUGCAACACAAUCUUGAUUCCAUUGACAAGAAUGACAACACCAGAACAGAUGUUGAUCCCGAGAAAGUUCCACUGGGUGAUGAGAGCCUCCCUACAGAUAAUGUCUAACUUUAUACUUCGGAUUAUAGCCUCCCUACAGAUAAAUGUCUAAUUAUAGCCUCCCUACAGAUAAUGUUUAACUUUAUACUUCGGAUUAUAGCGUUAAUCCAGGGUUAACUUCAUAGGGUUUCUAUAAGAGUUAACCCCGGUUAAGUUGGGUUUUCUAAUACUCUAGGGAAGGGGAUAUAUCACGCACGUGAAAUAAAUAAAAACCUUAUUAUAUA